AUGAUUUCGAUUGUGAUUUUUAGUGGAGAAAGUUAUAUUCGAGUCUGGAGAGAGGAUUUUGGAUAUGAUGGUCCGAAAAAUGAAUUGGAUGAUUUGGAAAAACGCAUUGAUUCAAAGGUUGGGUAUAAUUUUACAAUGGUAUAAAAAUAAUUUUGUUUCAGAAAAUGAAAGUAAUAAACAAAGCUAUCCAAACAAUGAUAAACGCCACUGAAAAAUGUGAUUUUAGCAAUGAAACGGAAACCGGGAAAAGAAUCGCAAGAUCAGUACUCAGUGGAUUCAAAAACUGCGUUGUUCCAAUAUUCAAUUCUUUCGAAAGCGAUUAUUUGAAGUUUUUUGAUAAUUGGGUGAAUUCGUCAAGAAAAUGUGAUUAUAUUGAUGAAUACAAGCAAUUGAAUGUUCACGGUAUUGCGAAUAACGAAGAGAUCAAAUGGUUGAUUUAUCCGAAAUGUGUGAGUUUUGUUGUUGUUGUUGUUGAAUAUUCAGGUAUACACACAAGUUUCAGCGAGAAGAAAAUACUCACGUAACCCUUGGAGUUGGUCGGAACAUCCAUGCAGAACGAAAAUUGAAAAAACAUCAACCAGACACUAAAUUCUAUGCAGUUGACCCAAUGAUCAAGGAAAACUAUGAUUUAGUCACCAAUCAACUGAACGGAUCAUUUUUUGCUUUUGCAUUAGCCAAUGAAACGAAACCGCAGACUUUCUUCGUUUUGCUUGAUGAUGGAAAAAGUGAGAAGAAAUCUCCUCUCACCAGUCCAUUUCAUUUUUUUUCCAGAAAGAAGGUUCUAUGCUCCACGACGUGUGCCAACUUUAGACGUGGCAUUCUUCUUUGAAAAAAUUUUGAUACUCAAAAGAAUUGAUACGAUGUUUAUUGAUAUUGAAGGAGGAGAAAAUUAUUUUUUGGAUUAUUUCAAAAAAGGCGGGAGAUUUGAUCAGAUUGGUCUCACCAUAUGUCAAUUUAAUUUUGAAUUUCAUAAUGGGCGCGGUGCUUCGCAUGAGGAUAAGAUUCAUGAAUUAUUCAGGCAAACAAUUCAGGAUGAACGGUAUAUAUUUAUGCGAGCUUCUCAUCAUACACGUGGAUUUUGGAAGAUUUAUUUUUUGAAUAUUGAGAAUAAGGAAUGUGUCAAGAAAUUUAUUGGGUGA